AGUACACCAGUGAGCAUGUCUGGCACAGAUGACCCUUCCAAACCAUGUGACCCCUUCCAGCCAUUCAGCGGUGAUGCCAUCGACCCAUUUCAGAGUAAAAAGGGGCCAGGAGACCCCUUCAGCGGCAAAGACCCUUUCGCUCCAUCUUCAGCAUCAAGUAAACCUCUUAAAGAAUCUACAUCGGAUUUUGCAGACUUCAGUUCUGACCUGACAAAGUCAAGUUUGGGAAUGAGGCUCAGCAGUUGGAGUGGGCGAAGCGGGAGAGUGAGCGAGCAGAGCGCGAGCUGGCUGAAGAGGCUCAGACAGCAGGAGCAGGAAGACUUGGAGCUGGCCAUCGCCCUCAGCAAGGCUGAGAUGUCCAACGCAUGA